CUCUCUCUUCGUUUCCAAUCGAUUUUUUUUUUCCUAUUUAUGCUUUCUCUUUCUAAAUUCACAGACUCAUAUAUGAUAACAAUUUACAAUUUUUAGGGUUUUGAUUCUCACUCUUGACGUAUACAGGAACAACGAUUUUCAGGUUGUGAUAUGUAUCGAAUCAGUGAUUUGGUUGUAUUGAAAAAGCAGUGUAAUUUGAUGAGAUUUGGUAUGGAAUUGGGUUUAGGGCUAGUUUUGUUAGGUAAUGGAGGUGAAAUUGUGGGAGAGAAUGGUGUGAUGUUGUGUAUCUAGGCAGUUUUUUUUUGGUUGCCAUAUUGGAUCAUUUGCUGCGCUGAAAUGUGUUUAGGGUGUUAGGGUUGAGAUAAAGUGGGUUUUGAAGAUGGAAGAUGUUCAGCAGCAAAUGCAGCAGAAGCCGGAGAGUACGGGGGAUGAUGUGCGUUCUGAGUUUGAGAGGGGGCUGGAGGAGUUGAUGUGUGGUCACUUGGAUGAGUGUAUGUCGUAUGCUUCGUGUAGUUCGGUGCGUAAUACUGAGGAUGAGGAUGAAGAGUCUGAUCAGCUUGUAAGGAGGAGGAGGAGGUCUGACCUUGAAGGCGAUGACCUGGCAGAGUCUUCUGCUGCCAGGAGGCGCCACUCAAGGAUAUUGAGCAGUUGGGCAGCAAGACAGGCUCAAGAGAUGAUUACUACCAUUGAGAGGAGGAACCGUGAGUCUGAGCUAAUGGCACUUGCUGGUUUGCACACUGUUUCAAUGCUUGAUUCCUCGUUCUUGAGGGGAUCACAAUCUCCUACCUCAAGGCGUCAGGGUGAUUCUGAGAGAAUAAGCACGAGGGCUUCUAAUAUCUUGCAGAUGUGGCGAGAAUUGGAGGAUGAACAUGUGUUGAAUCGUGCCCGAGAGAGGGUGAGGGAAAGGUUGACACAACGGAGGAGUGUGGAUUCUAAUACCAAUGUUUCUAGUGCGAAUAUGUCGGAAAGCCGAGAAACUGAUAACCAAGGUAGUUUGGUGGAUGCUAGUGAGAGUGAGAAUGAGUAUGGUACUUGGUCUCAUGACCCGAUUGGACUACAGAGUGAUCAUAGAGACCGUGACAACUCCAGCCGCGAACCAUCUCCUGAUCUAGGGGAAGUUGAGAGGGAGAGGGUGAGGCAAAUUGUUCGUGGAUGGAUGGAGAGUGGGAUCAGUGACCAUUCAUCUAAUGUCUCUCAGUCUCAGAGAAAUGGUGGUCCAAGAGGGGAAUGGCUGGGGGAAACAGAACGUGAAAGGGUGAGAAUUGUGCGGGAAUGGGUUCAAAUGACUAGUCAACAGAGAGGAGCUCGUGGUAGCCAGAGGGAGGAACAGUCCACUAGGCUUAGUUCUCAAGGAGAUCAUGCUCGUGAAGGGUCUGUUGUUGACCAUGAGGAAGCCCAACCAGAGCACAUUCGUAGGGAUAUGUUGAGGCUGCGUGGGAGGCAGGCUCUACUUGAUUUGCUUAUGAGAAUUGAAAGGGAAAGGCAGAGGGAACUUCAGGGUCUGCUAGAGCAUCGUGCAGUAUCUGAUUUUGCCCAUCGCAACCGGAUUCAGUCGCUACUUAGAGGAAGAUUCUUGCAUGAAAGGCCUGCUGAGGAAGAGAGACCACCUUCAAUAGCAGCAAGUGAACUAGUUCAGCUAAGACAACGUAACACUGUCUCGGGGCUGAGGGAAGGAUUCCGCUCCAGAUUAGAAAACAUUGUACGUGGUCAAGUAAGCAGCAAUUCUGAAAAUUCAUCUAACAGUAGGAACAGUGAUUUUAGAAAUAAUCAGACUCAUGCACAUCCUUCACAGGAAGUCCAGAAUGAAAAUGGUGAACAAAUGCAGUCCAGGGACCUGGAAAGCAAUGUGCAUCAGUUGCCUGAUCGCAGUGAGAAUUCUGGUCAGAGUAUGAAUCAACAAUUGUCUCCUAACCAAGGAAGGGAUCGAGUGGAAGCUGUUGUUGAAGCUGAGGAAGGAAUACAACACAAUUUACCAUCAAAUGAUUCUAAUGUAUGGACUCAUGAGACUACAGAUAAUGUAAACAUGAAUUGGCAAGAAAAUCCUUCAACUGCUAGGUCCCUUGAAACAACAGCGUAUGUGGGGAGAGCAGAACAUCGUUUCCCAGAAAACCAGGAGGUUUGGCAUGAGGAUGCCUCACGAGAAGCUGCAGAGACUUGGUCAGCAGGACCUUCUGAUCCUCCAAGAAUGCGGCGUCCUGUCCCUUUAAGGAGAGUUAGUAGAUUCCAUCCACCUGAUGAUGAUAAUGUGUAUAGUAUGGAACUUAGAGAGCUUCUUAGCAGGAGGAGUGUUUCCAACCUUCUUCGCAGUGGUUUCCGUGAAAGUUUAGAUCAAUUAAUUCAGUCAUAUGUGGAAAGGCAAGGCCGCUCUCCUAUUGAUUGGGAUCUGCAUCGAAACUUGCCUAUUCCUGCUUCACCUGAAAUAGGGCAGGACCAGCAGAAUGAUGAGCAAAAUGAUGAUCAGCAGGAUGGAGUUGGGCGGCCUUCAAUUGUGCUACCCUCUCCUCCUGUGCCACCACCACAGCCACUUUGGCAUCAGGAUUUGCAUCACUCAAGUUGGCCACGUCACGCUGUGCAUCGUUCUGAACUUGAAUGGGAAAUGAUUAAUGAACUUAGAGCAGACAUGGCAAGACUGCAGCAAGGCAUGAACCACAUGCAAAGAAUGUUAGAAUCCUGCAUGGAUAUGCAACUGGAGCUACAACGCUCUGUCAGGCAGGAAGUUUCAGCUGCUUUGAAUCGAUCAGCUGGUGGUCAAGGGGCUGCAGAGACCUCAGUUGAUGGUUCUAAGUGGGGCAAUGUGAAAAAGGGUACUUGCUGUGUUUGUUGUGAUAGUCACAUCGAUUCCUUGCUGUACAGAUGUGGGCACAUGUGUACUUGUUCAAAAUGUGCAAAUGAAUUGGUGAGAGGCGGAGGAAAGUGUCCGUUGUGUCGUGCACCCAUUGUUGAGGUGAUCCGAGCUUACUCAAUACUGUAAAAAGACAGAAAAGGAUAGGAGGGUAAAGACAGAAGUUGGUAAGGUGUAAGAGGAGUUGUAUGCUCCCUCUACCAAGCUUCUCAGAUUCUUAUUAUCUGUAGAGUGUUUUAUUACUUUUGCCUAUCUUCUUCUAAUUAUAUAUGGAAUGCUAUGCAAUGUGUAAUUGGAAAAACGAAAGGCACUUUUUUUGCAUCAUUCAUUCGUAAAUAAAAAUGUUAAUUCUUUUGCAUU